ACAAUGAAUAUUCUGAAAUUGACAUAUUCAAUCGUUAUAAUAUCUGGAUGUUUUCGACCGCAGUCAUGGACAUCUUUAUUUAAAAAGAUAGUUUAUAAUAUCUAUAGUUUGUACGUAAUGGCUAUGUUAUAUACAUUUACAAUAUUGCAAAUUAUGGACAUUGUUUUAUGUGUCGACAAUGCUGAUGAUUUCACAAACAAUAUAAAUAUGAUGCUAACUACAUUAGCUUCAUGUUACAAAAUGUUUAUUUUGAGUAUAAAUUAUGAAAAUUUUGUAACGUUAAUUAAUUAUCUUACUGAAGAGCCGUUUAAACCAUUAGAUUCGGAUGAGAUGAAAAUUCAACGACAAUAUGAUAAAAUAAUACGAAACAACACAUUACGAUACAUAAUAUUGGUAGCGAUAACAUGUGCGUUUGUCAUUAUGUCUUCGCUGUUUACUGACUUUAGACACAAGAAACUAAAGUACAGGGAAUGGAUACCAUUUGACUAUUCAUCUUAUGUGGUAUUUUGUUUUGCAUACGCUCAACAAAUGAUAACUGCAUGUCAUAGCGCCAUCGUAAAUGUCGCAAUAGAUAGUCUCAUGUGCGGAUUCUUGAUACACAUAUGUUGUCAAAUUGAAAUCUUGAAAUAUCGCCUAAAAAAAUUUUUGGACAAGCAACUUAUUCUGGGUUAUUGCAUAUGCCAUCAUAAUCGAAUUUUUGAAUUUGCGCAGAUAGUGAAUAUAAAAUUUACCAAAAUAAUCGGAUUUCAAUUUAUGGCAAGUAUGAUGAUAUUUUGUUCAAAUUUGUACCAACUGACUAAAUCAACUUUAAAUGCGGAUCAUUUUUCGUUAAUUUUAUAUACAGGCUGUAUGUUAACGCAGAUAUUUAUUUAUUGCUGGUUUGGAAACAAAGUUAAAUUAAAGGUAGUAUUUUUUUAAUUUGAACAAAGGAUAAAAAUGCAUAUCUUAAAAUUGACAUUUUUAAUCGUUACAUUUGUUGGGUGCUUUCGACCGUUAUCGUGGACAUCGCUAUUUAUGCGUAUUAUUUACAAUCUCUACAGACUAUUUAUAAUUACCAUUUUAUAUAUUUUUGCUUUUUUACAAUUUACGGACAUUAUGAUAAACGUCAAUAAUCCUGACGACUUUACUAAUAUUUUAUAUAUGGCGUUAAAUGUGUCCGUUUCUGGUUUUAAAUUACUGAUAAUGUGGCUAAAUUAUAACAACGUUACAACAUUAAUUACUGUACUUAACGAGGAACCAUUUAAACCAUUAGAUCUAAGCGAAUUGAAAAUUCGUGAAAAAUUUGAUAAAAUAAUACGGUUUAACACAUUACGUUACUCAGUUUUGAUUGCGUCAUCAUGGACAUUCAUGAGUUUGAUGUCGUUGCUUACAGACUUUAAACACAGAAAAUUAACGUAUAGAGAAUGGGUACCGUACGAUUAUUCGUCUUACAUGAUGUUUUGCGUUACGUAUGUUCACCAAAUUCUGAGCACGUUUUAUUGUGCUAGCGUAAAUGUCGCCUGCGAUACUCUCAUAUGUGGUUUCUUAAUGCAUGUAUAUUGUCAAAUUGAAAUCUUGGAAUAUCGCUUGAAGAAGAUUUUAAGUGAUCAAAGCAUUUUGGACUACUGCGUACGCCACCAUAACAGUAUAUUUCAAUUUGCGUGUUCCGUAAAUGCAAAAUUCUCGCAUAUAAUCGGAUUACAGUUUAUAAUAAGCACAUUGAUAAUAUGCUCUAAUUUAUAUCAACUGAGCCAAUCGUCAUUGAACCCAGAGAGUAUUGGGUUAAUAGGAUUCACGUGCUGCAUGUUAACAGAAAUAUUUCUUUAUUGCUGGUUUGGACACAAAAUAAAAUCAAAGAGCGUUCAAGUGGCAGAUAGCAUUUUCCAAAUAAAGUGGCCAUUGUUGAAUAAUAACGUUAAAACUAAUCUCCUAAUAAUUAUGAAACGCGCUACAGUACCUAUUGAAUUUACUACUGCGCAUAUCAUUAGUUUGAAUUUGGACUCUUUUGUGACGGUAAUGAUUAAUUUGAUAUUGAGAGCCGACAACGCUGACACAAUUGGUGAUGCCUUGUUCAACGCUUUGAUUUCGCUUUUGGCAUGCUACAAGGCAAUUGUUAUACGGAUAAAUCACGAUAGUAUUACAAUGUUAAUUGGUAAUCUUGUUGAGAAGCCAUUUAAACCAGUGGAUCUGAGCGAAAACAUGAUUCGGGAGAAGUUUGAUAAGAGAAUAACGAAUAAUACAUUAUAUUAUUUAAUUCUCGUCUCGAUAACUGCCACUUAUAUGAUCUUGCUUUCGAUAUUUACGAAUUUUAAGAAUGGAACUUUAAUGUACAGAGCAUGGUUACCAUUCAACAGCUCAAUAUCUGCACUAUUUUAUCUAGCAUACGCUCAUCAGAUAUUCUCUCUAAUAUUUAUCGGACUUAUACAUCCCACAUGUGACAAUUUAAUUUGCGGAUUAUUGCUGCAUAUCUGCUGCCAAAUCGAGAUUUUAGAAUAUCGUUUGUCGAAUAUUGCGAAUGACCAAGAAAAUCUGCGCAAUUGUGUACGCCAUCAUAUAUAUAUAUUUGAAUACGCGUAUAUACUUAACGAUAAAUUUGGCAAAAUAAUUCCUAGUGAGUUCUUAAUGAUCACAGUGGUAAUGUGCUACAAUUUAAUUCAUAUGGCUUUUAGAGCGUCUGAUACUGUUUCUUAUAUACAAGAUAUUAUGGUUAUAGCUACUACUCUAGCUCCAAUUUUUUAUUAUUGUUGGUUUGGCAACGAAAUCAAGCUUAAGGUAAUUUUAAUAACUAAUAGUAUUUAUAAUAUGGAAUGGACUAUGUUCAGUAAUAAUAUGAAGAAAGGACUCUUAAUGAUCAUGAAUCGUGCUACGAUACCAAUUGAAUUUACCAGCGCAGAUAUUAUACCGGUGAAUCUUGACUCUUUCAUAAAGUGGAUAUUGAGAAAUGAUGUUGGAAAGAAAAGCGAAAUGCCUGUCUUGAAAUUUACGCUCGCGGUUUUAGCGGUCGCAGGAUGCUGGCGACCAACAUCGUGGACAUCGCUGUUUAGACACAUGAUAUAUAACGCUUAUACAACGUCAAUGCUUAUAACAUUAUACAUCUUUGCAAUGACUCAAAUUAUAGAGUUGAUAUUGAGAGCUGACAACGCUGACACAAUUGGUGACGCCUUGUUCAACGCUUUGAUUUCGCUUCUGGCAUGCUACAAGGCAAUUGCUAUGCGGAUAAAUCAUAAUAGUAUUACAAUGUUAAUUAGUAAUCUCGUUGAGAAGCCAUUUAAACCAGUAGAUCUGAACGAAAACAUGAUUCGGGAGAAGUUUGACAAGAGAAUAACGUAA